AGAAUUCGAAAGAGUGGAAUGCGAGAAAUGUGCAGAGUCAGAAUGUGUAUAUAGUAACGGCACGCAGUCGUGUCCUGGAAGGUAUCUUCAUUCGCUCCAUCAUCUUUUACACCUCUCUUCACACUCUCACUCUAAUUUUCCUGUUUAUCGCUUACUCCGGCUCACUUUGGUCUAUCUGCAAACCAAUCCCACAAAUGGCAUCUCACAAUAUCAUUCCUAGAGGCGAAGCCGACUUCGAUUUGUACCCUUACACGCCCUCAGCAGGCGCUGGCUACGCAUUCCUCAUAUUAUUUGCGAUCGGCGGCCUAACCCAUCUCAUUAUGCUCAUUCCAUUGCGGAGCUGGUUUUUCGUUCCAUUUGUUCUGGGCUGUGUAGGCGAAGCAGCAGGCUACUAUGGUCGCGCGUGGUCCUCAAAGAAUAUCCGACAAGGCAGCCCUUAUCUCCUUCAACUCAUGCUUAUCCUUGCGGCUGCACCGCUUCUCGCAGCCACCAUUUACAUGACGCUCGGCCGUCUUAUUCGCUCUCUCGAUGCUACGCACCACGCUGUGAUGAAUCCGCGCUGGACAACGAAGAUAUACGUCAUCAUUGAUAUCGGAUCUUUUGUAUGCCAGAUUAUGGGAUCUGCGAUGCAAGCUUCCGGUGAUCCGGACGGAGUGAAGACUGGAACUACAGUUGUGAUCGCAGGACUGGAAAACAUCACCUCCAUCAUUGCCAGCAAACAGUCCAAGUAUCUCGUGAAGGCGGGAAUAGGCGAUGUGUAUAUCAUGAGCCGCAACUUGAACGCCACCGCAGUCAACGGUACCGCAGCCAGUGGUCCGGCGUAUCUCCGCGUCUUUGUCAAUCUCGACAACCAAUCGAUUACAGUUGUCAAAGCGAAGAUCGAGAACGGGAAGAAUGCGAUUGGUGCACUUGUCGACGAGGUGGACAAGGUCAUCGAGAGUCUCAUGGGAGAUUUUUAG